CUACAACUUUUGCUUAUGGUCCAUCUUCAUCCUCUUCUCCUACAACAACUCUCCCCACCCCAAUAUCAAACCAUCCCCAAAUCCUUACUGUAGGUGCCGCUGUAGAAGAUUCUUACUCUCGUGCAGCUUUCUUGGCCGAUCAGAUAUCUUCUUCCAGCGCUGUUGCUGUUAACAUGCCUUACCCUUGUAAUGAUCCGAUCGUGGCUUUCGAUACUUGGUCUUCACGCAACGUUGUGCUGAAUAUUUGUGGAAAUGAAGCUUUCUUCAAUUUGUGUGUCCUUAAGGGCAAAUCAGGGGUUUUCACUUCGGUUUGUUACUUGUUUGAGAAGUAUAACUUGGAGGUUUUGUUUGCUAAUGUCUCCUCUAACGUUUUUGGGAGCACCUACAUGAUCCAAGUACAGGUAAAUCAGAGUUAUGCAAAUCAGCUAUUGGAAAAUGGGGUUGGAGUAGGGGAGAUUUUCAAGCAAGUUGCUCAAGAACUGGUGUUGUAUUUUUCAUCUUCAUAAAUCAUAACUGGCUGAAUCUGUUUAAAUUUAAUGCAUUUCAGGGUUUGUUUUU